CGGCAAACAGCUGAAAUGCGUGGUCGGUGUCCGGGGUCAUCAUCAUUCGAACGACUACAGCGGAGACGGAGUCGGUGACCCGCGGGUAGACGUUGUGAAUUCACCGGGUACCAGCAUGAUAUUAUUCAAUCGCGAGAUUUCACGCCAAUUAACAGCUAUUAUGCUUCAAACAAGUAAAUCAAAAAUUAAUCAAGAUGAAAUUAAAAUUAAUGAAGUGGGCAAAACAUUUUUUGAAAUACAAUUUGAUGCUAAAAAAAAAAUUAUUUCCAGGUUGAUUGAUGAAAUAAACAAUUUUAAAAAAAAGACUGAUAAGUUCAAAAGUAAAACUAAUCGUUUGAGUAUAAAAUUGAAAGAUAAUUACGAAUAUUUAAAGAAAAUUUUAGACGAGAAAAAUAAUUUGGAAAAACUAUUAAAGGCGGAAACGGCUCAGCUAAAACAAGAAGUCGAUUCUAUGGAAGAAACAAGCUUAAGUAAAUUAAAAAAAAAAGACGACGAAUUUAUUAGAGAAGCUGGAAAACAUAAAUCGAUUACUGCUAUAUAUGUGGGAAGAUUAAAUAAGUUGGAUGAAUUUACCAAACAAGAAAAAGUUCUCGAACAGAAAUACAUAUAUAUGAAAGAACAAAAUGUAAUGAUGGAUAAAAAGUAUGAGAUUGCAUUGAAAACUAUGGAAGAGAAUAAAUUUAUAAGUGAACAAAUCGCAAAAAGAAACAUGUUAAAACGAUGUGUAGAUUUUUCAGUACACAUGAAAAAACAAUCACUGAUGGUUAAAUGUCCUGUUGAGGGAGCAAGUACCAAUGAAAUACUUGAUCUAAGUGAAAUGGUAGACAUUGGUAAUAAACAGCUUGAAAUUUACGAUAAAGAAUGUCUCGAUUUGAAAAAAGAAAAUAAAGCACUUAAAGAAUUAUUGAAAUCUACCCGAGAAAUAAUAAAUGAAAAAAAUGUCGAUGAUAAUUCAAAGGAGAAUAUUGUAAGCUGGGAAGUGAAAAAUUUGGAAAACAAAUUGGCAAAUGCUAAAGAUUUGCAAGGAAUACAACAGGUGGAUAAGAAUACAAUACGUCAUGUGGAUCGGUCAAUUCAUUUGAUCGUAAUCGAAGGUACUGAGGCAGAAUUGAAAGCCACAGACCAUGACUUGCAUGCGAUCCAGGUAGAGCUGUACGAAAUUCGAUCUGCUAACCAGUUGUUGGAUCGUCAGAUUUGGAAAACAGAGGACGCGUUGUUAAAUAUUUACGAAAAAGCAUCAGUUCAUUUGGAAGAGAUAACAUCUAAUACGAGCAAUUCCAAGGAAAACAUUUUUGAUUAUAUCCAAAAGCUGUAUAAAGAAUUAGAUGACUUAAUCACCGAAGAUAACAAAUUGUUAAUAUCUGAUAAUGUCUCCAAUGAUUGAGAAGAAAUCAUAAUUAUUGGAAAGUAUAAUGUCUAUGAAAACACAAGAUUUUUUGAAUAAAAUAUUAAAGAAAUUAUAAAUUAACAACAAAACAUUUUUAUUUUUAUUUCUUAUGUAUAUAUUAUUAUACAAUCUGUAAAUUAUUAUUUUACAAUAAACACAUAUAUUAUGAUUAAC